AAAGAAAAAAUUUAUAUUGAUCUUCAAACCCAAAAUGCCUGUUUCAGAGUUUUAAAUGCCACUCACCAAGUUGGUUGUUCCUCGAAAUCAGGAGGUAAUGUAGGGACAUUACAUUAUUUAGAAUCAGAAGAAGAUUAUAAUUGGGUAUUAAAAUCUGGACCACAUACUCCAUAUAUUGUUUUAAUUACUUCUCUAGAUUUUAGGAAAGAUAAUGUAGAAAGAUUAGUAAAUACUAAAAGAGUCAAUGGUAUAUUGGUGUUAAAUAUACUGAACAAUCAAAGUUUAUCACCGAUACCAACUGAAGGUUUCUCAGCUGAUAAAUCAUGUCCUAAUGAUAACUAUGGUAUAUACAGUAAUUCCAGUGAUUAUCAACAUUGUAAAAAAGUCAAAUGGAAUGCAGCUGGUGAUGGGCUGUAUUUUAAAGAUUAUCAUGAUUUUCCCAUGUUUGCUAUUUCUAAUGUGACAGAUUUUAAUGUAUUAGUAGAUCAGUGUUAUCGUAAAUUUAACAAACCAAUCAAUGGCACUGCUAGAAGUUUUCCUAUUUGUGCUGCCCAAUUAAAUGACAGAAUGGAUGCAGCUAAAGAUACUAUCACAUGUAUCCGCCGAUCUAAUCACAUGACCAAUCUGAAACAGACACGAUAUUGUGAUGCCAUGGGGGAUAAGAAUAUUGUAGCAACUACCAAAAUGGUUGAUAAAUCGGAACAAAGACUCAAUAAAUCAGUUGUUGUUGUUUCUACAAGAAUGGAUUCGUUCUCUAUGUUUGAAUAUGAAUACCAGAAUUCAGAUACAACUGUCACUGGUAUAGUAGCGUUAUUAUCAGCUGCUAAAGCUUUAAGACCAGUGAGACAAAUAUUACAGAACGCUUCUAAAGAUCUCAUGUUUACAUUCUUCCAAGGGGAAGCGUUUGAUUAUAUUGGUUCUAGUAGAAUGGUAUAUGAAAUGGAGAAGAAUAGUUUUCCUUAUGAAAUUAAAGAUGAUGUGAAGUCCAGCCAAAUUGUUAAACUACCAUCUAUAUCACAUAUAAUAGAAUUAGCUCAGUUAGGACAUCGUGAUGAGGGCAAGCUUUGGAUUCAUACAGAUCCUAUAUCUAGAGGUAGUGGUUCAGCUAGUGAGAUAGAGAAAAUGAUUAAGUAUAUAAAAGAUAUAGGUACAGAAGAGAAUGUUAGUUUAGAUGAUGUAGGACCAGAUCAACCCCUACCACCAGCUUCUGUUCAACGAUUCCUGAAAAAAGCCAAUAUACCUGCCAUAGUUCUAACUGAUCAUAAACAACAAUACACUAACAAAUUUUAUAACAGUAGAUUAGAUUUACCAGACUUUAUAAAUGCUAGUUAUCCAGACGAUUUAAAUGAGACUGAGAAAUAUGAUUAUGUAACAGAACAAGCUAAAGCAUUAACACAUGUAUCUACAGUGCUAGCUCAGUUUCUGUAUAAAUUAACCACUGGUGAAGAUAUAACUCCAAAUAUCUCUCAACAAAUACAGGCUGAUGAAUUAGAGAUUGCCCAUCUAUUAUACUGUUUUCUGGAGAAUCCUGUCUGUGAACUAUUUAAACAGAGUGUCUCUCCUGAAGAUUCUGAUGACUUAACCAAGAAACCAUUCCCAUUUUAUGUGAGUGUAGAUAGUAAUACCAAUCAGAUUACUAGACUCACUCAUUCUAUAUUAGCUCAGUAUCUGGGAGAAAGAUUGGUCAAUAGUACUAAAGAUGAUUGUAAACAACCAGAUUCAGAUAAGGUUUGUCAUUUUAUUUUAUAUAAUUAUUUAUGGAUGGAAGGAUCUAUUAAGUCUGGUAGUUCUGAUAGAGAGGGCUGGUGUAUCAAAUCUACAGCAAUACUGUCUAAAGCUCAAUCCCCAGCUUUCAUUAUAGAUAACUAUGAUUGGUUAUCUGAAGAAUAUUCAACUUGGACUGAAAGUGUUUGGUCUGUGUUUAAAGUACGUGUAUUUUUAAUACCCAGUGAAUCACAAAAGGUACUAACAUUCUGUGUAGGUUUUGGCAUCCUACUCGUUUCAUUGGUUGUCUUAUACUUAUUAAGUAUAAGUGCUGAUAUCUUGUUUAUGUCUGCUGCUACAUCUGAUAGUCAGCCAUCUUGA